AUGAAUACCCAGAUCCAAAUCUUUCUUAGGCGUAACGAAGCUUACGUUGCCAUCGAAUCGUGCCUUGGUUCCAAGUCCACUGAUCACGCUCACGCUGCGCAUCUCAAUGGUGCACCUGGUAAGAAGUCACAAUCUCUUGUCUUCGGCAUCGAUGAGAACGAGGUUUUGGUUCAUGUGUUUGAUGUCGAGUUUGUGGAGCUACGGGGGCAACUUGUGGAGCCAUGUAGUUUUUAUCAUCCAGCAACUUUUGAUACCACUGCAAUUGAUACAAAGGAGGAGGAGAUCAUCAGUGAACUGGUCGCAUCCAGGGAAGGGAAAGAGUACAAUGCAAAGACUGGAUAUUGGUUGCUCGCUCGAUCUUACGGGGCAAAGAUCGAAAGUCGAAAGGCUCAAAAAAUCAUAAAGACACUUGAUCCAGCUUUCAUUAGAAGAGGUAGAAUGGACCAGCACGUUGAGCUGUCACAUUGCAAACUCGAGGGAUUCAAGAUUUUGGCAAAGACUUGUUUGCAUAUUGAAUCGCAUGCUUUGUUUGAUAAGAUCAAGGCAUUGUUACAAGAAAUUGACAGGACUCCUGCUGAUGCUGUGGAAUAUUUUUAA